GGGAAGCCAGCGAGGUCGGUUCCGCCCGACUCUGACAUGGCGGCGCCCUUUGUCUGCUGUGAAGUGCCGUCCCCGGCCUUCUCGCGGCCGUGAUGCACCUCCCUCUACAGUGGGGUCCGGGACAUGGCAGGUAAUGAGCUGGAGGAAGAGAGCCAAGCUGGAGUUUACGCAGACACACUGUCAGAAAAGAGUAGCCUGGGCUACUUGGAAAUCUGAGCCAUGGAUUUUCCCCAGCACAGCCAGCACGUCUUGGAGCAGCUGAACCAGCAGCGGCAGCUGGGACUGUUGUGUGACUGCACUUUUGUGGUGGACGGUGUUGACUUCAAAGCCCAUAAGGCAGUUCUGGCGGCCUGCAGCGAGUACUUCAAGAUGCUCUUCGUGGACCAGAAGGACGUGGUACACCUGGACAUCAGUAACGCGGCAGGCCUUGGUCAGGUGCUGGAGUUCAUGUACACAGCCAAGCUGAGCCUGAGCGCCGAGAACGUGGACGAUGUGCUGGCCGUGGCCAGCUUCCUGCAGAUGCAGGACAUCAUCACAGCCUGCCAUGCCCUCAAGUCCCUUGCGGAGCCAGACGCCAGCCCUGGGGAGAGCGCGGUGGCCUCGGCCACGGAAGGAGGAGACAAGAGAGCCAAAGAGGAGAAGGCGGCUGCCUCCAUGCUGAGCGAGCUGGACCCCGCCGGCAGCGGUCCCCCCACAGGCCUGGGCAGGGAGCCCAAGGAGGAGCGGGGUGGCCAGGCCGAGACCACGGCCAGUGGGGCUGAGCAGACGGAGAAGGCUGACGCCCCCCGGGAGCCACCGCCUGUGGAGCCCAAGCCCGACCCGACCAGUAGCAUGGCAGCCGCAGAGGCAGAGGCUGUGUUGUCAGAGAGCUCGGAGCAAGAAAUGGAGGUGGAGCCGGCCAGGAAAGGAGAAGAGCGGGAGGAGGAGGGCGCGGCUGAGGUCAAGGAAGAGGGGCCGCCGCUGGAGAAGGGGGAGGCCCCCGAGGAGAGCGAGGAGUCGGCCAGCACGGACUCGGGCCACGAGCUGGGCCCCGAGGCCCGGGGCCUGCGCUCCGGCACCUACGGCGACCGCACGGAGUCCAAGGCCUACGGCUCGGUCAUCCACAAGUGUGAGGACUGCGGGAAGGAGUUCACACACACCGGCAACUUCAAGCGGCACAUCCGCAUCCACACGGGCGAGAAGCCCUUCUCGUGCCGGGAGUGCAGCAAGGCCUUCUCGGACCCGGCCGCCUGCAAGGCCCACGAGAAGACCCACAGCCCGCUGAAGCCGUACGGCUGCGAGGAGUGCGGCAAGAGCUACCGGCUCAUCAGCCUGCUGAACCUGCACAAGAAGCGGCACUCGGGCGAGGCGCGCUACAGCUGCGAGGACUGCGGCAAGCUCUUCACCACGUCGGGCAACCUGAAGCGCCACCAGCUGGUGCACAGCGGCGAGAAGCCCUACCAGUGCGACUACUGCGGCCGCUCGUUCUCCGACCCCACGUCCAAGAUGCGCCACCUGGAGACGCACGACACCGACAAGGAGCACAAGUGCCCGCACUGCGACAAGAAGUUCAACCAGGUGGGGAAUCUGAAGGCUCACCUGAAGAUCCACAUCGCCGACGGGCCCCUCAAGUGCCGGGAGUGUGGGAAGCAGUUCACCACCUCAGGGAACCUGAAGCGGCACCUGCGGAUCCACAGCGGGGAGAAGCCGUACGUGUGCGUCCACUGCCAGCGGCAGUUCGCCGACCCCGGCGCCCUGCAGCGGCACGUCCGCAUCCACACGGGCGAGAAGCCGUGCCAGUGCGUGAUGUGCGGCAAGGCCUUCACCCAGGCCAGCUCCCUGAUCGCGCACGUGCGCCAGCACACCGGGGAGAAGCCCUACGUCUGCGAGCGCUGCGGCAAGAGAUUUGUCCAGUCCAGCCAGUUGGCCAAUCACAUUCGCCACCACGACAACAUUCGCCCUCACAAGUGCAGUGUGUGCAGCAAGGCCUUCGUGAACGUGGGGGACCUGUCCAAGCACAUCAUCAUCCACACAGGAGAGAAGCCUUACCUGUGUGACAAGUGCGGUCGUGGCUUCAACCGAGUGGACAACCUGCGUUCCCACGUGAAGACCGUGCACCAGGGCAAGGCGGGCAUCAAAAUCCUGGAGCCCGAGGAGGGGGGUGAGGUCAGUGUGGUCACCGUGGAUGACAUGGUCACGCUGGCCACCGAGGCACUGGCGGCAACGGCCGUCACUCAGCUCACAGUGGUACCAGUGGGGGCCGCGGUGACUGCCGAUGAGACGGAAGUCCUUAAGGCCGAGAUUAGCAAAGCUGUGAAGCAAGUACAGGAGGAAGACCCCAACACCCAUAUCCUCUAUGCCUGCGACUCCUGUGGGGACAAGUUCCUGGAUGCAAACAGCCUGGCCCAGCACGUGCGGAUCCACACGGCCCAGGCAUUGGUCAUGUUCCAGACGGACGCGGACUUCUACCAGCAGUACGGGCCGGGCAGCGCGUGGCCAGCCGGGCAGGUGUUGCAGGCUGGGGAGCUGGUCUUCCGCCCUCGGGAUGGGGCCGAUGGCCAGCCCGCUCUGGCAGAGACGCCCCCCACAGCCCCUGAAUGUCCGCCGCCUGCUGAGUGAGCAGGCGUCCCUCCUUGUGACUGUUUAUUUAAGGAUGGAUGGCACCCUGGAUCUGAGAGGGGUGGCCCCGUUCCCUAGAGAGAAUAAAUUUGAUUAUUUUCUAA